AUUACGAACGACCCAAUGCGCUAGGGUUUCAGUAGGGUUUAAGCGAAGAAACAACGAGACCAGAGGCAAGCUCCUUCCAUGGCCUCUUCCUCCUUAUCCUCCUUCGCCUCGCUCUCGAGACGUCUAAUCUCUCGCUCUCUCCUGCCCCACCCGUUCCGCUCAUCCGCCCGCUUCUUCUCCAGUCCCCUCGCCGGCGGCGAGUCCGACUCCGACGAUCCCCGGCUCGACACCGAUCAAUCCACUCCGCAGUCUUCGUCCUCCUCUUCGGGCGGAACUCCUCAGCAGCGCCUCCCAUUCCAACGCCCUCUCGAGAACGGCCUCGACCCAGGGGUCUACAAGGCUAUAUUGGUCGGGAAGGUCGGGCAGAGGCCGGUCCAGAAGCAGCUGAAGAGCGGGCGGACAGUGGUGCUGUUUUCCCUUGGGACGGGAGGGAUUCGGAACAACCGGCGGCCGCUCGACAACGAGCAGCCAAGGGAGUAUGCCGACCGGUGUGCUGUGCAGUGGCACCGGGUCUGUCUGUACGCGGAGCGGCUCGGCGACCUCGCACUCAAGCACGUCAAGCCCGGAUCUGUUUUGUAUUUAGAAGGCAACCUGGAGACCAAAGUGUUUAGUGAUCCAAUAACUGGACUUGUUAGACGCAUAAGAGAAAUUGCUAUCCGCCGAGAUGGUCGUCUUGUUUUUCUUGGUAAUGAUGAUGAUACUGGCCAAUCAGAGGAAGCAGAGUUGAGAGGUGUGGGCUAUCACUAAGAUGAUCUUAAAGAUGAACCUGGAUAAGACAUUGUUGUAGAGAUGAAAAGCACAAUGCUGCCUGUUUUCAGCGUGUAAGAAAUGUCCAUAUAUGAUUUUUCCAUUGCUGAAUCUGAUAAUCAACCAAGCAGCUGUGCGCUCAGAGUCAGCCUUCGGCUGGGUCGGAUGCUUUUAGCUGAUGAUUGGGAAUGGCUGUGAAAAUGCAGGGUAUGAUGAAACACAUUUACUGCAGAUUUUAUAAUUACAUUUUUCGAGCAUGUUAAUCGAUCAAAUUUACCAUUUGGUGAGGCUAUUUUUUUUGGGUUACUUUAUCUUUUCUUCCAACCCUGUCCAAACACUUUUUUCAGUGCUGCUUAUUCAAAAUAAUUUUGUUAUGUUAUGAAUUACUUUUCAUC